AUGCAGUUUAUCGGCAGGCUACGGGAGCAGGAUAGUGACGCCUCUUCUAGUACGUAUCAGUUAAAGGGGCUCUCAGAUAGACGAUCCAGCUCCACCGCCACCUACUCCCCAUCUCAUAUGGUCAACCUGCGAGAGGAGCUGGAUGGGGCGAUAACCCUUUCCAGCGUGGGAGAUAUCAUUGAGUACAGCAAGCAUCCAUAUGUGAUACCUAAGUUAACCAACGCGAGGUACAAGUUGCCCCCCAUCCUUGACAGUGGACUUCCGAAGGCCCGCGUCAGUGAAGAUGCGCAGGCCGAGGCAAAUGCUUUCACCCCUCUCAUCCCUGGCGAUCUUAUACCGAACAGCGCUUUCGCACAUGAGGCUAUCAACCCAAUUGAUAAAGAUAUGUCCCGCUCAACCACACUGGCACGCGAAAAGACCUUCACAGAGCGUGCAAGCAUGGGAAAUUGGCAAAUAGCAACCGUAAAGGACGAUGUAGAUCGAAUACGCAUGCACAUCGUUGGAAGUGACGGGGACAAGGUGGGCACAAUCAAGGUGGCCAAGACACCCGCCUCGAGGCUAAUGAAUCUUAAGCUGAGUAUUGAGCGGCUUAUUUCGCUGGACGGGUUUGACCCGCUUUUCUCGAACGACCCCGGAGCGCCGGACGAAGAGGCAGGCGUACCCAUCCAGACGUUCGACUGCUUGGAGCAGGAGGCGUGCAGCCAUACCAAACUGGACUGUUUUCCCGCAGAUGUCCUAACGGACAGCGAACAAGAUGAAGACAAGGGCGUUUUCACAUCAAAGGGAUCUGGUGACUUGUCGCCUGCUGAGCAUAAGUUCAAGCAGCUAAACCCUAUUUUACAGCGUGAGAAAAAGGGCAUCUCUGACGUCGGGCAGGCACCAGUCAAGAUUUCAAACCAUGUUCUUCACUACCGUACAGACAUGAAGAUUGUUGAGCAAUUGGAUAAAAUAAGAAACAUGCGAGAAAAGUCGGCCAUCAUAGUUAGGGACCACGAGACACAAAGAACGUCUGUGAUUCGCUCCAAUAAAGCGGUCCCCGGCAGAGUUGUCAGUCCGGAGGAGUACACCACAGUUGCCGAGCUCAUCGCUGAUAUAAAUGCUGAUGAACAGGACCCACUCGGCUUAAUAAGCAAUGAACCGUCUCUCAAGAGCGGUCAAGCAAUCAGCGAAUUGGAGGCAUUUGUCAUGGCAUUUGACUCUGCGCUGGAGCUGUUGCAGCAGAAGUAUGACGAGUACGACGGCCUCCAGGGUGACCAGCGCUUGGAAAGCAUCUCGAGCCUUUAUAAGCAACUUCCCAGCCUGCUUAAUACUCUUGAGAGGUCCAAGGAUUACCUCGUUGCACGCUCUGUGCGUCGCACGGGUAAAGUUGACCUCCUGAAGACUCAAGCGCGAGAUAUGGAAAAGCGCCUUAAGAUCACGUUGGAAGAAAACAAGAACUUGUAUAAAGAGCUUGGUGACUUGCGGGCUUCAUAUGAUAAGGUCAAAGAGAGCCUCGCCAAUACCAUCGGCUCACUGGACUCACUGCAGUAUGCUAAGGCUAAAGUGGAACGGGAACUGAACUCUCUCCAGGAUAACUAUGAAGCCAUGAAGAAAACCAGAAUCGCCAUGGAGGUGGAAAUGGGAGAGCUGGCCCUCGAAAAGGACGAGGCCUUUGCUCGAUCUAAACGACUUACAGUUGCAGCAGGUCGGCUUCGCACAAUAGCGGACAGCGCAGUCACGCGGGCGCAGAAUGCAGAGAAGCGGGUCAUUCUAGAGAUCAAGGCCAAGCAGGAACUGGAAAAGGCCUACAAAAAGGCUUCUGAAGAGACUAGCUUUCUGAUGCAGAAGUUGAAACGGCAAGAUAUCCAGUACAAAGGAGAACUACAGGAGUUGGAGCACGAGAUCACUAAGCUAAGGGCUGUAAUCGAGGAUUUGAAUGCUGCGGAGGAUUUUCAGGCAAUUGACACCCGUACGGUCAUACGCUCCAUCAUGGAAUCUGGCAAUGCCUCUAAGAUAAUGCAGAUGGCAGCAGAGACUGUGGAAACGCUCAGCCUGCCAGAAACGGUGAUACAUAUAUGCUCCUCUUGUCCAGAGAUAGACCAGCUGGGACUGGCGUGUCUUGUCCACCUUCUCAGAACUCUCCGCGAUCCGCCAACUAUCCACCACUUUUUCACCAUCAUCAAUAAGGAACCGCUGAUAACAGUUGUUAGAAAAGCUGUGGGUGUGCAGACCGUGGCUCAAUCUAAAGCAAGCUAUGAAGGCUAUCCUGCUGCUUUUGCACCGAAGAACGUGUCCUUGAAGAAUCUAUACUCCAAGCAGCUGGGCCAGGCAAUUCCGGCGUACGCUUUAGACUACAAUCGCCCAGAUAGUAUUGUUGAAAAGGAUGGAAAGACCAAGCAAGAUCUGGUCAAGGAAGAGCGUACAGCUAUUAAAAACGUUUUGAAGACCGCAGCGGGAGAUGCAGGGAUAGACGUACUGGGUGAUGAGCACGUCAUAGAUGCAGGACUUGUCCUGGGUAGUCACGGAGCAGAAACCCCUCUGAACAUAGCUGACUUGGUUAGUCAAACAGUUUCCGCCCACAAUAGCGCGUUUAGAGCCAACAAGUCAGGCAAGCAGCUUGCGUCGACCGCAUCCAACACCAUGCCGAGUGGCGAGAAAGAGAGAACGCGAACGCUUGGUACCAACAAAGAUCUGACCGAAGAGGAUAACAAACCAAAGAAGAUUUCAAAGAAGCGUAGCUCCAAGCCUUCAAUUGAUAAAGCCAGAUCUUCUGGCACACAGAAGGGCAAAGAUACCGUAAAGAAUACUAUCAUAGCGCAGGCACAGCAACGUACCCAAGAUCUUGCUGAUUCCAGGGACUCGUGUGUGGAAAGCAAUACUGCAUCUGACCUAGCAUACUCUGCUUCCGAUGAGUUGGGCCUUGUUAUAGACGUCCCUGACGCAGAUACCAAGCAACAUCUCGCUACCUCCUAUGUGCGAGAGACCAGCUUAGAGCUGGAAACACUCUCUGCCGAAGACUUCGAAAGAAUGAUGGCUAUCUUGACCGAUAAUAUGGAGAGCGCACGGAUAGCGGCCCAAAUCAAGAUGGUCCUUAGCUACAUGCUCUUUAAGAGUGCCUUUUGUGACGAAUUCAAGUAUCUGUUCCUAGAUUUCUACAAUUCUUAUGGCAGUGAUUUCGCCAAACCUAGCAUGACCGACGAGGAGAAGCAAGACAUAGUGUUUUCAUUCGUUGAUGACUUUAAGUUGCGUAUGCGCAUUCUUGAUGACGAACGAACAGAGAUCUCACACUUAUCCAGCAUCCCGUACAAUUUACUUGACAGCGAUCAUGCGCAGGGGGACAACCACCUGAACGAUCCACCGUCCACUAUAGAAGAGAAGGAUAACAGCGAAGCUGUCACUCUAGAUCAUACAGUCCGCGCACAAGAGCGUCUGCAGGGUGUCCCUCAAGUGAACACUGUCGGCGUCGAAGCCAAGGUCACUACAUCCAAGCCACGGCGGAAGCUCACCUUUGUCGUGCCCAUGGUGAGCCGUGCCACAGAACACAUGUACGCAGAUAUUUUGAUGGCGGAUGAUUUGGAUUGCGAGCCAGAACUACAACUGGACAAUUGCUAUGCAGACGAAUGCGUGGCAGCAGAGGAGAUAACAAGUGACAAGCAGAGCUUUAUUGCGGACCAAAGCUGUUCGCAGCCACCUGUGACUGAGGUGAGCGACCAAGCAGUGCAACAGACCGUUGCCACCCAGCAGCACAUUACCAAGUAUGCAUACAUAGAUGCAGCUGGAAAGACGCGCCUCAACGAUACCACAAAUGCAAAGGCCAUUAGACUAAGGAACAUCAAGAAGGGCUUUGCUGAGACAGUUCGUCGAAGAGCUGGGGCUCUUAAGGAUAGAAAAGCUUCAGCAGAGAAUGUCGAUAGCCCUGGCCCCUCUGUGCCGAUACCCGAGCAAGUGAAAUCGAUCAUGAAUAGAGUAGGCCCGGUCCUCAGGAAGGAAGACAAAAAGCUCCUUUACAAAGGCUUUAAGAAGCGCAGCUCGGAGGCGCUUGUGCAAAAGGAGAAAGAUGCUACAGGAGCAGCUCGAGAGCCUCCACCUGUGUCUGCACAACAACAACGUUUCUGCUCUUCACCAGACCGUUCAGAUCGACCGACUCUCAGACACCUUGGUCUCGAAACGGUUCCGCCAACGACUGUUGACGAAGGCUUGUCUGCAAUUGUCUUCUCUGAUGAGCAUCCUCGUUAUGUAUCUCGUGCGACAAGCGCCAUCAUCACCGUUCACUCGGAUGCUGCACAGUCGUCUGCAUACUUUUCGCAGGAAGCGAUGGACAGCUUUGACAACGCUAUGAAGCAUGCAGAGCUCAAAGACUUUCCAAGCGGAUUCACUCUGGCCUUCCACAGCACUAAGGAUGCUUUAGAGAGAAACCCUGAGAAUGCCCUUGCCUCUAGCCAUAACUUGCUAGACGUGGAGAAAAGCGUAUCUAAGCAUGUGUCCGACUCCGUUGUAGAUCUUUUCAGCGCUACCCAGGGGCUGCAACAAUCUCUCAAGCCGAGCUCUACUACUGACUUUCUUGUGUGUACUCGCAAUUCAUCAGCACAUGAAGCAAAGCCUUCUCAGAUUUCUUGCUCCAAACCUCCUGGUCAUGAUACUAAUCUCACGCCUAAAGACCUCGACAACCCGAUAGAAAAGGAUCCAGUCCAUCGUGGAGCUUCGAGCGCUGUCCCUGUCAAUGUUAGAGAGUCUUCCUCUUUGAAGCAGCUUUCUGAGCAAUCUAUUUCUCGUCUUGGAACUGGGCGUCAGUCAAUAGAUGAGCAACUUUCUGUCCCCAGUUCUACAAGCAAACACUUCCUGGCUUACCUACAAGAUGCCAAAGGAGCCCCUGUUCCUAUCUUAGUCCAAGGUACCAAAUUCUAUGGAGACCUACAAAAUUCCGAUGUAGAAGUAAUCUUUUCCGAUCUCAAUGGUACUGCUACAAAACCUUGCACCAAAUUUAAACCCAAAGCUACGCAUCUGUUAUCUGCUAAUCGGGAGAUCCUAUCCACCGGAAAAGUACCUGGGCAAAUGGCUUCUGCAACAUCAGAUCUUAUCUUCUCUGCGUAUACCUCCACUAACGGCAAGCCAAAGACAGAGGAGCCCGCUCAACAGCCGUCAGAAUCCUCUUCGUGGAAAGAGCAACUUAAUGAACUGACUAAUCUAGAUGAAGAGUUAAACACUCUCACCGUUGAACUUCAGGAGCUUAUAGACCGCAAGUCAACUGGCUCCACAUCUCCUAAUAGCCGCUCUGUCAAGCUGCGCUCCCAAUCGAAGCUUCGUGCACUGAGUCUAGAAGAAUGUGCAGUGCAGACAAAUGUCACGUGUGUUUGUAGAGAAUUGUUGUACGAGGACGUGACUAUCGAUAAGUCCGAGUCGCUACUAACUAUUAAACCAGAGACAAUGGUCGACCUGCACAUUGUCGUAAGUAGUCAGUCUGAUCAGCAUGAGAAGGUCCCAGACACAAUACCAGACAAACCACUCUUGCAAUGGAACGAUGUUCUGGAGCGCAAUCCCGUGCUCUACCACUCGUCCUUCAUAAGCGGCUAUGCAUUUGGACACUAUCCCCGUGACGACCCUGCUAUGCGUUAUAAUUUUGCAAAGCAGGAAGAGAUCCAGCUGUUCAUCCAGUCGUUUUCUCAGUUAAUCCAGACCGAUGUUAUUUCUAUCUGCUCUUCCGACAAAGAUGUCUCUAUUUACAAGCCUCUGUUUACGCCCCUGAAAGCCCCCAAGAUAGUAUCUGUUCAAACAGAUGUCUACUCUUACCACAUUGACAAGCUUGUGUCUGCCGUCCGUCUAGCGCGUGAGGUAACAAACCCGCGAGAGUACCUCCGCUAUGACAACCCGAGGCACUUACGGGGCGUGGAUGUCUCAUGUAUUAAUAUGAACACAAAGAGCAACCUUCCUACCAUGGACACGUCACAUUAUGCCACAGCCCAACCAGAAGGGCCUCAGAAUAGGCACCAGCCAUCGGCCCCGCACACAGAAGCAACACAGAUUACUGGAAAUAAUAUCUUGCCAGGAAUAAUUGGACCGAAAAACCUGCCCCUGCUGCCUAGUGCAAGGUUGCUACAAGAGGCACAAGGAAAGAAAACAAGAAGAUCCGUUUUAGCGGACUUUGCUGACAACCCUCUUCUAGCCACACAGCAGAGCACCCUGCCCGACUCUGAAGAGAGCCAACCACAUCCAGGCACAUCCGGUCUUUUGGCUGCUGGUGGACUCAAUCCGUCGAAGUAUCCUAGGACAAGUGUUGUGGAAGAUUUUCUGUACAUGAACAACCAGCUUACAUCUGCUAAUAAGGUGGACAAUGCCGUUGACGGAGCGUCCGGUGGAAAGCGAAAUCUUCUCCAGGUGACCCCUCUUUUCCCUUUUCAAUCAGCCAUAAAUCUUGUGGAGCACCCUGAUAAAUACCUUAAUUCGAGUCUAAAUACUAGCCUCGAUGAUCAGGACGAUGAACUAGAUCCCACACUAGAUGGCCAAGGACAGGAGCUCAACACACUGCUCCGUCAAACAUCAAGCAAUAAGUUUGCCAGAAUCGUAAACAAACUACGGAGAGGCUCGUCGGGCGAGUUCCUACUCCAUACCGACUUGCCGGCCGUGCCAGAGGCUGAAGCUGAAGGAGAUAACAAGAAGUACAUUCAGAUAGCCCAGCCAGGCAUGCUGCCUAGUAAUUCCGAACACGCAAAGCUACUGUCAGCAGCGUACCUAAAUGUGCUUGCACAGCCGGAGAGUAGAUUUAUCAGUAACUUUGGGGUAUCGCCUAUCCGACCUUUUAUUAUCAAAAACAAGGCAAGUACUAGAAAAUUCUUUGGCUCAGAUCCUUACAUGGCUAACCACACUGCCAUAUCUAUGGGAAUUUCGCCUAGUGAAAUCAAACACAUCAUCCAAAACAGUAAUGUACUUUUCGCCAAGCAACGAAGGCCCGUAAGUAGGGCAAUCAACUCAGUCAUCGGUGUGGCGGACAACACAGAUCCCUCUUCACACUACAAGGCAUUAUCCACUGGAACGAAGGCACUCACCAACGUCUUUGUUACCGCCCCAGAGUCUCCAGCACCCUCUCCAACAGCUAAGCUGAUGCAUCAGGAUAGAAAGCAACCCGCAACAAAUGAUCUUCUUAUUGUCACUUCACUCAACAACGUAUCUCCUACUGAUUCGAAGCUUGUGCAGUUCACCGGUCCAAUUCCGGUGGGAUCGGUACCUCAUCCCAGAUAUGGCUCCUUGACAUAUAUGCAAGCUAAUCCACUCAACAUUACUCCGUAUUGUUACUUCCUAAUGCAGACAACUCUAGACAAGAUCUUUGCCAAGUACACCCUGUCUACGAGCUCAAAUCAAACAUCUCUUCUUCAAAUGCAGGAAUCGUCUGACGACAAAGUGCUGAAGCCGGCAAAUACUGCUACAAGACAGAUCAUGUGCUCUCCGUGCCUCUUGAGCAGUAGAGUUAAGUUCCAUAAGGAUUUGGCUGCAACAUCAGCAUUGCAGAAGGCUACGAUUAAUCAGAUAGAUACCGAACUCAAAAGGACCCAAGACGCCAGCAUGGGGUCCCCGAUAGUGAAGCCACUGGCCAAGCAGCCGGCCACCCUAUUGCCGACUGUUGGUGAUCAGGUCUCGUUCGUUCGGCUAUCUUCUGCAAGCCUGCACUAUGCAUCAGAUCGCGGAAUGCUUGAUGUGGACAAGGGGGCAGGGAGCUCGCACGACCUCAUGGCGCCGAUAGAUUCGUUACCUAUCAUCUUCAAGCUACUGGAGCAAGUUACUCUCACCCCGACCCAAAUCGUAACAUCACUGGUCAGCAAGCAGGCAUACAUCAGGAUCCCAAUCACUGCAUGCUAUCUAAAAUCACUUAUAUGGACACUCAAGAUUAUUCGAAUGGUACUCUAUAAGCGCCAAAUAGCCACAGAGACUAUCAUUAUCGCCCGACACGAUGAACACAAGGCUGAGCAUUUAGUGGAGAAAAAUCUACUCACUACCAGUGUUGGGGCAGCACCGAUGGCUGACGAACACAUCACAACAGCAUAUGAGUUCAUGCUUGUUCCUGGGGAGCUUUGUAGAGAAGACGCAGAAUCUCUUCCUCACUUUUUGGUGUAUUGGUGCAAGAGCAGAUAUGGAUUGCGCUCCCUUGUUUCGAGCUUGUUAUACUGCAUCAUCGCAAAUGUUAUUUUCUAUCAGUACGAGAACGAUGAAGUAUACCUGUUUGCCCGCAUGCUCUUCAGUGACUUAGAUAACGACUACUUCUUAGCAUACUUGGAUCUUCGUAGGUCGCUUCAGCUCAACACAUAUAUUGCUGACAGUGCUAAGGAAUUACGUGAUGCGACCAUUAACAUCCUUGAGCCAAUCCCUAUCACCUCUAUUGAGCCCCUGCUCAGCAUCAUGUUCACUAACUGGGAGCGAGCUCGAAGAGAAGAUUUGGCUGCGUCUAUCAUAGGAAGCGUUUAUGAUAGGCGUACUCGAUCAGCAGAGCAAUACAGAGAGCUCACUAUACCAUUCUCCAGGGUUGUAGCAAUAAUCUUCUAUGCUUACUCCUCUUUCAGGAAGACAUUAUAUCAGGCGCUGCAGACAAUCCUUUUGCACUUCGGCCGAGAGCACGGAUGCGUCAACAGAAUCAACGAGGCUGCUUUCAGAGAGCUUUGCAGUCACACCAUUAAACAGUGGAAUUCAGAAGUGAUAGCCGAGCAAUUCUACAGCUUUAGCCAGAUAGAGGAGAUCCCUCCGUCGGCUGCCCUCAUACGGCCAGCGCCCAGUGCGAGCUCUGUCACUCAGCUGGCGGAUAAGCCCACCGCGCUCAUUCCUCAAGACAACGAUGCAGAGCUAGUACGCAAGCAAACAGCUCAGCGAUUAAUGGACACAGACAACUUCAUCGACAUGUUUGUUAGCAACCAGCUGGGUCGGUUUUUGACUCUCUCGACAGACAUCCUAGAGACAAGCGUGGACUCCGAGGUAAAGCGCAGCAUCUACAUCACCAUGCGGCUUUUCGAUCGCCUAAAGUCUCUAUCUGAGGAGGCGUCCAAGCAGCUCAUGUGUGAGGACAUACUUAACGGGACCGCAAGGCGAGUAGGUGUGAUCAGGAAGAUGAAGGACAACCUUGCUGUUGUGGCGAGUGACAUCACGUGCUACGAUCACCACCACGCACUGCUAAGCAUCAAGCACGCCAUAGAUACUAUCCUUGUCGGGCUCCUAGAAGUAGAUGCGGACAGUGUAUCUGCGGCAUUGGGGGGAGCGAUUACGUCCUUGGAGGAGUAUUUUGCUAACCAAAUAGUCGACGACAUUAUUUAG